AUGUCAGCAAUGCGUGUAGUAUGUUUGCAAAAACACACGCGAGGUUGUCAAUGUCGUCUGUCACUCCUUCGUUGCAUCAUCUGCUGGCAGAAGAAACAAGCGGAGUUUGUGGUGUUAAAAUGUCAAGGACUGGGAAAAGUUGCAUUUAGGAGGCUUACACAUUCGUCUGGUGCAAAGCUGACAUCUUUAGGGUCGUUUUCUAAAUGCAGAUCAUUUCACAGACACGCUAGAAUCGCGAGCUUCCAGCGAUACGCAGUUUGGCCUGGCUGCCAUAAGGGUUUAUUUAGCGAAAACUCGAACAUUGUGCAAUACAAUGGGCGCUGUUUUUCUACCUCUUCUCAACUACUAAAUAAAAAAAGUGAUGAUGAUGAGGGCGAAAAUACUCAGAAAGACGAUAAUGCUCAAGGGCCAACGCAGGAAGAAGCACAGGAGAUUGUGAGCAACUUUAACCCAGUCGGUGCAUUGACGACGAUGACCAUUCCAUCAUACCUGCCAAUUGUCCCAAUUAUUGCCAUCAGUAGACAUCCUGUCUUUCCACGAUUUGUGAAAAUGAUUGAGGUUACGCACCCAGAUUUGAUGGAACUUCUCCGUAGGAAGAUCAAAUUUAACCUACCCUAUGCUGGGGUAUUUUUGAAAAAAGAUGAAAACAAUGAGUCUGAUGUGGUUGACCGGCUGGAUGACGUCUAUAAAGUGGGGACGUUUGUUCACAUAACGGAGAUGCAUGAUAUGGGCGACAGACUGCGCAUGAUUGUCAUGGCACACAGAAGAAUACAGAUAACUGACAUAGCAAUGGAGGAGGAGGCAUCAUACCUGCCGGAUCCAGCGGCAGAUAAAGGCAAAAGAAAUCGACGUCGAAGGAACGGGAAAAAGGAUUCAGAUGAUGUAGACAAGAAAGAAGAUGAUGCAACACAGCCACCUACCUCUUUUUCAUUGGGAAACAUUUUUGGCUCCACAAAAGCCGAGCCAUCAUCAGAAGAGGUUGAAGGAACCAAAAGUUCUCCCUCACAUGUGUUGAUGGUGAAAACAGAAAACCUCACCCAUGAACCAUUUGAAAAUAAUGAUGAAAUUAAGGCCCUGACGUCAGAGGUGGUAAAAACAAUCAGAGAUAUCAUAGCUAUGAACCCUCUAUACAGAGAAAAUCUGGCACAGAUCAUCCAGGCAGGUCAGAGGGUUAUCGACAACCCUGUUUAUAUCAGCGAUUUGGGUGCUGCACUGACUGCUGGUGAGCCGCAUGAAAUGCAAGAAGUUUUGGAAGAAAAAAAUAUUGCAAAGCGUCUGAUGCUGGCCUUAUCCUUGCUAAAGAAGGAGUAUGAACUGAGUAAAUUACAGCAGAGGAUUGGCAAGGAGUAUAUUCUGAAGGAACAGCUGAAGAUCAUCAAGAAAGAACUGGGCUUGGAAAAAGAUGAUAAGGAUGCCAUUGAGGAGAAGUUCAGAGCAAGGCUCAAGGAACUGGUGGUGCCCACCCAUGUCAUGGAGGUGAUUGAUGAGGAGCUCAACAAACUCUCAUUUCUGGACAACCACUCUUCAGAAUUCAAUGUCACACGCAACUACCUAGACUGGCUGACCAGUCUUCCCUGGGGGAAGUACAGCGAAGAAACUCUGCACCUGGACAAAGCCAGGAAGAUUCUGGAUGAGGAUCAUUAUGGCAUGGAGGAAGUGAAGAAACGAAUUCUGGAAUUUAUUGCUGUUAGCCAGCUCAAGGGACACACCCAGGGUAAAAUUCUUUGCUUCUAUGGGCCACCAGGCGUGGGGAAAACCAGCAUUGCCAGGUCUAUAGCUAGAGCGCUCAACAGAAAGUAUUUCCGAUUCAGCGUGGGUGGUAUGACUGACGUAGCUGAGAUUAAGGGACACAGGUAUGUUGCCUCUAUGACAGGUUCUGUGACAGGCUUCAUCAGAUUUCAUUUCUUAAUCAGUUACCUGAUCCAUUUUUUGUGGACACAUCAACUUUGUCCCGUGCUCUUCAUCUGUACAGCAAACGUGACAGAGACAAUACCCGAGCCACUGAGAGACAGAAUGGAAAUGAUUGAUGUCUCUGGCUAUGUCGCUGAGGAAAAACUCAAUAUUGCAAAUCAAUAUCUGGUGCCACAAGCCAUCGCCAAUUCUGGAGUGGACAAGGAAAAGAUGCAUGUUACUGACGAGGCCAUGAACACUUUGAUCAAAUCUUACUGCAGGGAGAGUGGGGUUCGCAACCUGCAGAAGCAGAUCGAGAAGAUUUUCCGUAAAGCUGCCCUGAAGAUUGUCAGUGAGAACAUCACCAAGAUUGAGGUAGACACCAGCAACCUUCAGGAGUUUGUGGGCAAGCCUGUGUUCACACACGAUCGUCUGUACGACCUGACACCUCCAGGGGUGGUCACUGGUCUAGCCUGGACUGCCAUGGGUGGAUCCACUUUGUUCAUUGAGACAGCUCUAAAGAAAUCUCUGGAUCUAAGUGCCAAGGAAGCAGGUUCCAUAGACUUGACUGGCAGUCUAGGCAAUGUCAUGAAAGAGAGCGCCCACCUGGCCCACACCUAUGCCAAGUCCAUCCUGGCCAAGCAAUUUCCUGAAAAUGAAUUCUUGCAGAAGGCUCAUCUGCAUUUACACGUGCCAGAGGGAGCGACCCCUAAAGAUGGCCCUAGUGCAGGAUGUACAAUUGUGACAGCCCUGCUGUCUCUGGCCAUGAACAAACCGGUGCGACAAAACCUGGCAAUGACAGGAGAGGUGUCUCUGACUGGAAAAGUGUUGCCAGUUGGUGGUAUUAAGGAGAAGACUAUCGCUGCAAAACGAGUUGGGAUCACAGCAUUGAUACUACCAGCAGAAAACAAAAAGGAUUUCUCCGACCUGCCGAGCUUCAUCUCCGACGGUCUUGAUGUCCAUUUUGUUGAUCAUUAUGAGGAUGUGUUCAAGUUGGCUUUUCCCGACCAGUAA